CCGACAGGGGGACUCGUCCCACAGUAACCCCACUGCACCCGGAGGAAACCCCCCCCCCCCCUUUACACGCAGGUUCAGCGUGUAAAGUUUCGGUGUUGAUGUCGCCUGUGCUUUUCCUCUGGGUUUGUUAGUGCUGAAAAGAAGAUGGAGGAGAGGAAGAUGGUGGUCGGUACUAUGAGUGAAGAAGUCCUGAACAGACUGUCUGUGAUGUUGGACAACUCCACCUGCGGAUGGAGGCAGCUGGCCAGAGCUGUGUCCGAGCAGCCGCAAUUCCGCUGCAGUGAGAGUCAGCUGACCAACUGCUCGCUCCAGGUGCUGAGCGCCGCAGGUAGCCCUGCUCGCACCCUUUUGGCUCAGCUGGCCGAUCGCUCCUGCUCCCUGGACUUCUUGCUCGACUGCCUGAGGAAGGUGGACCACCAGGAAGCCGUGCAGUACCUCACCAGCACAGUGGAAGAGAUGAUUCAGAUCACAGUGCAGCCCCAGUGUCAGCAGGCCACAGUGGGGGGCAGGGUGGUGUUGACCUGUAGAGCCACUGGUCCUCCUGGGCUCAGCUACCAGUGGUUCAGAGGCAAAGAAGAGGUUUUGGAUAAAACCGGGUGCACACCAGAGUUGGUUCUGUGUCCUUUAUCCCCGGUCCACGAGGGUCACUAUAUCUGCAGAGUCAACUAUGGAGAAAAGUGCAUCUUCUCUCAGUGGGCUCAUACUCGCUUGGUUUCCUCUGCAGGUUCCAGUCCAGGCUGCAGCAGCAGUCUGUUUCAGGGCUCAGUGAGUGGGCUGUGUAUCAUCCACCAGCCUCAGCCCCAAAUGUUGUCUGAAGGCGACACUCUGCUCCUGGAGUGCAAAGCAGAGGCCAACCCUCCCGCCCAGUACGAGUGGUACCACAACAGGGUUCUCAUGCCACAACACAAGACGAGUUCACUCAAAAUCCCGUGUGUGACCACAGCACACAGAGGAAUCUACAGAUGUAAAGUGUUCAAUGUUUAUCAUGAGACAUGGAGCGACACAGCAGGAGUCACAAUUGGCCCCAGUUCCAUUACUGAUGCAUCCUGGGUAGAAUAUGAUCGUAGUCAAGGCUCACAGGAACGUCACAGGUCAACUAAUGGACCGGGAAUAAAUCCACUACAACCAAUGGCCAGUCAUCCACCGCCAUCAAAACAAUUACAUGCAACAGACAAAGUCGCUCUGCUGAUCGGCAACAUGAACUACCUCCACCACUCUCAGCUGUGUGCUCCCAUCGCUGACGUGCACGAGUUGACCAACCUCCUCAGACAAAUGGACUUCAAGGUGGUUUCACUGCUGGACCUCAACUGGCAGGAGAUGAACAGCGCUGUGACAGAGUUCCUCCUGCUGCUAGACAAGGGAGUCUAUGGCUUACUGUACUUUGCUGGUCAUGGUUAUGAGAAUUACGGCAACAGUUUCAUGAUUCCCAUCGAUGCUCCGACCUCCAACACAUCAGAGCAUUGCUUGUGUGUGCAGAACAUCCUCACCAGGAUGCAGGAGAAAGAGACCGGGCUCAAUGUAUUCCUGCUGGACAUGUGUCGCAAAAGAAACCCACACGAUGAUGUCAUUGUACAACCAGGACUUCUGAAGGUCACAGCAAAUACAGUGUUUGGUUACGCCACAUGUGCAGAUGCAGAGGCCUAUGAAGUGAAGAGAGAAAACGUGUCCAACGGCAUCUUCAUAAACUUCCUCAAACAGAGAAUUUGUGAAGAUGAGAAGGUCACAGUCAUGCUGGACAGAGUCGCUGAAGACAUGGGUCGCUGUGUGAUUACACGAGGGAGGCAGGCUCUGGAGAUGCGCAGCAAUCUGUCUGAGCGACGCUCCCUCACCGACCAGAUACAAACGUCUGAAUGCUCUGCAUCCUUCUCAGCUCGCAACCUGCAGUGGGCCGUCGCUCAUGUCCUACCAGUGAGCAAGUACCUGCAUUUUGACUGUGGGGUGACUGUUCAGCUUGGGUUUGCUGCAGAGUUCUCCAACAUCAUGGUCAUCUACACUCGGAUACUUGACAAGCCCAAAGAAAUUGUUUCCUGCUCUGCUCAGCUCACUGACUUCCCCGAGGAUGUGGAUGUCGAUCUGAAGAAGAGUAACCAGGAAACUCUCCUUGAAGCUGGCAGUUUAUUAUUGAUCAAGGAUGACCUUCUUUCACCAGAGGUCCCCGGUCUUUACACCCGCAUCCGCAGCCUGCAGAGACUCAGGAGGGAGCUCACGUUCACCGUCUGUCUUCAUUACACCUAUUCAAACAUGGAUGACGAAGUACAGGAAAGGCAGUCAGUAACAGUUGGCAAACCACUAGUCUCCAAACUCAACCUCCAUGAGCCGCGACCACCUCGUGCCUGCUCUGCGUCCUCGACCUACAGCCUCGACUCCUUCAGCCUCGACUCCUUCAACUUCCCUGAUAGCUCCUCCUUUGCCAAUGGAAUUACCUCUGUUGGAGAAGCCUCAGAUACAUGGCCUUAUUAUGGCAGAGAAUCUUCCACCACUGACUCUCUGACUUCAUCCAGGAGUGCCAAUAUCCCAGAGGAGACGGACAGCCCCGAAAUAUGCGAAGACCCCAAACCUCUUGUUUCCAGCAAAAGCUUGCCCUACAGCCAAGUUAAUGACAAGAACUACAAAUAUAGUGACUAUUUCCACUCACACUAGUAAUCAUGAGCCUGAUUUGUCCUGAGAAUAGAGAGUGCACGUAAACAAAAAGAUAAGUCAAAAGAUAGGGAAAAUCUCAGUAAACCUGACCCUGGACUCAGGUCAUAGUUUUACAUAUUUAUUUUUUUAAAGACAUGGAUAUAUUAUACUAGAUACAGUUUGUUUUGUGUUUGUAAG